UUGUGGAUCCGGUCUAUAUGCCAAUCGCCACAUCACCUAUGAGUCCAGGUUCGCAAUAUUAUACCGAGACAGAAGUUAAUCCAAUGGAUCAGAUAACAGAGCCGCUUAAUGGCAACUAUUUUCCACCGGACCAUGCAUCAGCACGGCCAUCCACACCAUCUGUUAGUGGUUCAAAUCGGACUACACUCAGUUCUAAUCCAUUGAGCCCCAAGCCUAGUCGUGUAGUGGUAGUUCCCCCUAACCCAGAUAAAAAUAGUCCAAAGGUGACUGGUAGCGCAAACGAUGGUCCCAUAUUGGCUAGUCCAGGUCAAACGCCCCAAUUAAGAAGAGGCGUGCCAUAUCAACCUGUCAAACCUUCAUCUCCUGAUGUAGAAGUUCCUGGUAACAAUACUAUUCCAGAAUCAAUUCCUAAUGGUGCUAAUGGUGAUAGUCCUGGUAUUCCGAGUGUUCCUAUAUCACAACCUCCGACACCUCAGCAACCAAUUCCUCCUGCACAAAGUCCACCAAUACCAACUCGGAAAAAAGGGAAAACACCAGGAAAUAGGAUAUUUGGGGAUAAAUCUAAUCCUUAUUAUGUGAUUCCACCAAUUAAUGUAUUAAUUGUAGAAGCAAUUUUAUCAACAUUUAUGAGAAAGAAGAAUAUCAAAUACGAAUGUGCUUCUAAUGGUCAAGAAGCCGUUGAUAAAUGGAAAAAAGGAGGAUUCCACUUAAUCUUGAUGGAUAUCCAACUGCCAGUAAUGGAUGGAAUAGAAGCUACGAAGACAAUCAGACGCCUAGAGAAAUCACAAAAGAUAGGUGUCUUUCCUUCUACACCACCGGCAUUUCCAACCUCAUCACUACCGUUACCAAAUUCACCCGUUACAUCCUCUACAUCCGCACCUGCAUCAACGUCUACUCAAGAACCGCCUGAAACACCUGCUUUAAGUUCACCAGUCAUUAUAAUGGCCCUAACAGCAUCAUCGUUACCAUCCGACAGGCAAAACGCUCUGGCCGCAGGAUGUAAUGAUUUUCUGACAAAACCUGUAAGUUUGGAAUGGUUGGAGAAAAAGAUUAACGAAUGGGGAUGUAUGCAGGCCUUGAUUGAUUUUGAAGGAUGGAGAAGGUGGAAAAAAGUUGGAGAGGAAAUACAGAUGAGCGGAUUCUGA